CUGAGAGAGAAUCGCUCCAAGACUUUUAAGAUAAGCAUUGGAGACUAAAACUUUACCACACAUACUCAAGACUCUUGGAACGUAAAGGUUGGUUUGAUUGAUUAUUCCAUUAUCAUGUUUAUGUAUAUAUAAUGUGGUUGAGUGAGUGGAGUGAAAGCCAUUCACAAAUUAAAUAUCAUCAAUAAUCUCUAUUUAUAUUCCACUGAAAAUGGGAAUUAGAUACCAAAAUGUUGCUGCAUGCGUAAUACUGGUGCUUGUGAUGGUAAUGGCUGAAAUUGUUGGCGGGAGAAUACCCAGCAAUCUUGGAAAUCUCACCAACCUCCACUUUCUUGAUCUGAGUCGGAAUGGAUUUUCACGAGACAGCAACAUCAAUUGGAUUUCUCAACUGCCAUUGCUGGAGCACCUCAACAUGAUGGCCUCUUUUAUUUACAAUGAGUUUCAGGUUAAUAUUAAUCUCACCAUCAGUGCUCCUAAACUUCAAUUCCUAAGUCUUGCCAACAAUGGACUUAGUGUGUCAAAUUUGGAUGCUUUACAAAACAUGACAUCUCUUGUGCAUCUUGAUCUUGGUGGGAACAAUCUUACUUCACUUCGAUCUUGGUUUGGCAAUUUCAAAAAACUUGAGUAUCUUGGUCUUUCAGGGUGUGGGCUUCAUGGCCCAAUUCCAAAUGCUUUCCAAAAUGCAACUUUCAUUGAAUUUUUGGAUCUUUCUGGAAACAAAUUUGACUCUCUUCCAUCCUGGUUUCACAAGUUUGAGAAACUCAAGCAUCUUAUUCUCUCAUAUAAUAACUUCAAAGGUUCAAUUCCAGUUGCUUUACAAAAUAUGACUAGCAUUGAGUCCCUUGACCUUUCUGACAACUCUCUUACUUCAGUUCCAUCUUGGUUUAUUGAGUUAAAGAAACUUGUCUACCUCGAUCUUUCAUUUAAUAAAUUAACAUCUAUGGAAUGUUUCAUUUCAUCCAUUUUGAAAAAUAUGUGUCACCUGAAAACAUUAUAUAUAGGAGGAAACAAACUCCGAAAAGAAUUCAUUGGAAACAGUUAUUUGUCUACCUGCAUUAGACAUGAUUUGGAGAAUCUUGACUUGAGUGAAAAUGAAUUUAACGAUAGUUUGCCAUCUUGGUUAGGACAACUUAAAAAUCUAGGCAACCUUGAUCUCGAAGAUAAUUUUUUUUAUGGUCCCAUUCCCUCUUCUUUUGGAAAAUUACUGAAAUUGAAAAAUUUAUAUCUAUCCAACAACAAGUUAGAAGGGGACCUUCCUGAUUUCAUGGGACAGCUUGUAAAUUUACAGGUAGUCGAUCUUUCAAAUAAUUCAUUUAAUGGAACGAUUAUUCAAAAUCUUGAGCAACUUGUAAAUUUACAACAUUUUGAUGUCUCAAAUAAUUAUCUAAUGGGAUCCAUUCCUUCGAGUCUUGGUCAACUUAUAAAUCUAACUAAUCUUGAUUUGUCAAAUAAUUAUUUAAAAGGAAUCAUCCCUACAAAUUUUAACCAACUUGUAAAUCUGCGUACACUUGAUCUUUCAAGGAAUAAACUAGAUGGGAGAAUUUGUAUUGAUUUUCAAAAACUUGUGAAUCUAUCAUACUUGGAUCUAUCUUCAAACAAUUUGAAUGGACCCAUCACAGUGGAAGAAAGUCAUCCUUUUAUUAUCUCAAAAAUGUGGUAUUUGAAUCUCUCAUGUAAUCAAAUCAGCGGCUCACUUCCUGAACAUAUUGGUCAUAUAAUGCCCAAUUUGUGGUCCUUGAUUCUUGGAAAUAACCUCAUAAAUGGUUCAAUUCCAAAAUCACUGUGCCAAGUUGAUCAUUUGAGAAUCCUUGAUCUUUCAAAGAACCGACUAUCUGGUAAAAUCCCCAAUUGUUGGAAAGAUAACAAAGCAUGGGAAGAAAUAAAUUUGUCAUCCAACAAACUCUCAGGGGCUGUUCCAAGCUCAUUUGGGAAUCUUUCCUCUCUCUCAUGGUUGCAUUUGAACAAUAACAGCCUUCAUGGAGAGUUUCUAGCAUCUGUGAGAAAUUUGUCACAGUUGUUGAUUAUGGAUCUCGGAGAGAAUCAACUUUCUGGCACCAUCCUAUCAUGGAGUGCUAACACAUUUUCUUCACUACAAAUUCUAAGAUUGCGGCAAAACAGGUUAAGUGGCAGCAUUCCUUCACAGAUAUGUGAACUAUCAUCCAUUAAAAUCUUGGACCUUUCUCGCAACAAUUUAAACGGUCCAAUACCUUGGUGCAUAGGCAACCUUCGAGGAAUGAAUCUUGAGGCUCCUGCUUUGUCUCCUCCUUCACCUGUUGCUGAGAGUCCAAUAGCACAAGGUUGGAAAACUGAGGAUGUGAUAGAAGUCAUGAAAGGAAGAGAAUUUGACUAUACAAAAAUCUUGAUACUUGUAGUCAUGAUGGACUUGUCCGAGAAUAAUUUGGUUGGCUCAAUUCCAAAAGGAAUAACAUUGCUUAAUGGAUUGCAUAGCUUGAAUCUAUCAAACAAUCAUUUGAUCGGAAAGAUCCCUAACAUGAUAGGGAAUAUGAGAUCACUUGAAUCCUUUGAUGUUUCAAGUAACCAACUCUCAGGCACAAUUCCAAGCAGCAUGUCAGCUUUAACAUCACUAAGUCAUUUAAACUUGUCACACAACGACUUCUCUGGCCCAAUUCCUACAGAUAACCAGUUUUCAACUUAUGAUUCAUCGAGUUAUGCUGGCAACCCAUAUCUUUGUGGAUCUCCUCUACCCAACAAAUGUGGUUAUUUACCUGAAGAUCAUGGGAGCAGCGAAUUUGAAGAUGAAGACAGCAACUUAGAUAAGUUGGAAAAAUGGUUGUUCUACUUUGUGAUUGCAAUUGGCUUUGCAACUGGGUUUUGGGGAGUUAUUGGGACUUUGUGGUUCAAGAAAACUUGGAGGCAUGCUUACUUCAGAUGGGUGGAAGAUUUAGCCGACACGAUCUAUGUCACAACUGCAAUAAGAAUGGCAAAAUUGAAGAAGUGGAUGAUGAUGAGAAGCCGUGUUGUUGCUUGAUCAUGUAUUCAUUUGUGUGUUUUUAUUUUUAUUU